AAAGUUGCACGGCUCAGCUGCGCCCAUUACGCCCUAUUUGACGGUAUCUCAUCUGCGCAAAUGUUCAAUUUGGCGCGAGGACACCAGGACGAACCGUAACACUGCUUCAGGCGGGGCGACAACAAUACGACUGUGCUAUCACUUUAACAAAUAUGAUGCAUCAUAUGCACAACUAGAACUUGCUCGGGCUCGGGCUGUGCGCGCAAGCGCAGUGCACACGCAAGGAGCCACUUAUUUAGUAGGAGAGUCCGGAAUGAAUGCACAUGUAGACAAGCCUGCUGGAAAGAGCCAAGGAAAGGCAGUCGCGCAGAGUGGUCGCGAGCAUGGCAACGAGGCUCCCAUAUCCGGGCGCACGGCGGGGCCAUCGCAGCGCCGCCAUUCUCCGGGAAGCAUCGGACACCGGAGCUUUGUAACGGGACAACGGCAGCAAUCCGACACGUCCCAGGCAGUUGCAUUCCGACAGGGUUCAGUUCAGGAGCCCGCACUGAAGCGACACCGCCAGUCUGCAGAGGGUGCCCCUGCGCUCCAAGCCGUCUCUCCUGACAGCGCGCGUCGUAAGAUCCCAGCAACCAGCGCCGCUCCUGAGGCUCUUGUCGAUGCUGGGACCCACGAUGCAGAGCAGCAGCCGGGGCAGCAGCAGCUGGGGGAGGAGGAGGACGCCUUCACGGCGACGUGGGAGGAGCAGAUGGCGGCGGCACGCGCGGCGGGCUGGCGGCCGCGCUGGCCAGGCGAGCAGCCGGCGUGCGGGGCCGAGGUGCCGCAGUGCUCAGGCCUUAGCGAGGCCAUCUACGGCGCGCCAGUCAGCGGCAGUGAAGCAGAGACGGGGUCAUUGGCGGCAGCCACCACCAGCCGCCACCGCCGCCACUGCUCGCGCCGCUGCCAGGGCACAGGCAAGGCGGCAAGCGGGCUGCGGCGGCGGGCUGGUAGACGCAGUGUUGCAUCAGCAACUGACGACGUCGUCGAUCAGCGGGCCCCCCAGCUGGCGAGCAGGUUACCUGCAGUUGCUGCCGGCGCUGCGCACCCUGCGCUGCUGGCAGACGCUGCUGUCCGCCGCCUGGACCUGCCUUUCCCCUUGGCCUCAGCAGGCCGUGACGACGACAGCGGUCACGGCGGUGGCAACCUGACGGUCCUGCUGGCGAAGGUGGUGACGGUGGCGACGGCGACCGGCAGUGCAGCGGGCGCAGGCUGCGAAAUGGAAAUGGCUUCCUGCGUGUUGAGUGGCACUGGUGGCCGAGGUGCUGCGCUCGCAUCCUCUCGGGCUAUUGGCGGCAGCAUGCCUGGACCCGCGACGGGGACGGCCGGAGCAGAGGCGCGGGAGAAGGCGCCAGAUGUAGAGGCGGAGCUGCAGGUGCCGCCUGGGGCCAGGACAGGGGUGCAGCCGCCGCCGCACUCGCAGCGGCAGCAGCAGCAGCAGCAGCAGCCGAAGGAUGUAGGGGAUGGCGGAGUGGGCGCAGAGCGUGCUGAGCUGGAGCGGGAAGCAGCAAGGGCGCUGGCGCCUCCUGCCAGCGCCGCCAAGCGGCUUAAGGAUGCGGUGCGGCAGUGGCGUUACGCCAGGCGUGUCAAUGGUGGGAGCGGGUUUGGGGCCGCAGCAGGAGGGGCCGCGCAGGGGCGGCAGCAGGGCGCGAGGCAGCUGCAGCAGCUGGCGUGCGCUAUUGGUACCGAGGCACCUGCGCAUGCGCCGAUACGGGCGCUCGCGCGGUCUGCACGCGGGGCCAGCGGAGGCGUAGGCACCGCCCCACCUGGGGCGGCCGCGGCCGGUGUAAGUCGCGGCAGUCGCUGGCAGUGGCCUGCUGCCAGUGCUCGUGAAGCGCAGACCGUCCUGCAACCCGAAGCCAGGGUGGAGGCGGUGGAGGCUGGUCCAGCGCACGCCAUUGAUUGCGGGCGCGUGCUGGCAAGAGCCGAUGACCUGAUGCAACAGUUCGUGGUUGGCCGCCUGGCCACCGCUGUCCAUGCCCUCGAGCGACGGGCGCUGCUGCGGCUUCCGCUGUUGCAGCAGGAACAGCAGCGGGCCAAGGCACAGGCCCCGCUGCUGGAGCCGCGUGGAGAAGGUGCAGGCGCAGCGCUUGGUGCUGAUGCGGGCGCUGGGCAUUCCGACAGGCGGCCACAGCUGCCGGGCAUGCGGGCACGCCUGGCAAGCAAAAUGCCGCACCUGGCCGCCCGCCACAGCGCCCAGGACCUGCGGCAGCGCAGCAGCGCAGCAGCGGCAGGCGCGGCGGUGCGCGCCCAUAGCGCCGGUGGCGCAGCGGCCGGCAGCGUCGGCCUUCGCAACGAGUGGUGCUGGGACCCGCUGACGCCGCUGCCUGGCUGGCAGCCACCACUGCGCCUGAUCCUGGCGGCGGCACGGCAGCACGCCAGGCAGGCCGUGGAGCUGCUGCUUGGGUCUUCAUGCCGCGCACUUGCGGCGGCGCUGCGACAGGCCCGGGCUCAGGCGGAGGCGGAGGCGGAGGCGGCGGCCCGCAGCGCCUGGUGGGCCGCAGGCCGCUCCACAUGGCCCCCCGGUCAGGAGCAGCAGCGGCAGCGGCAGCCGGGGCAGGCGAACGGCGACCAGGGCAGCAGCCAGGCAAUGGCGCCGGUUGCGACGGGCGCUGCGACUGUGACAGGGGCGCAGCUCGGCUGCUGCUCGGCGGCCGGUGCCUGGGUGAUGGAGCUGCUGGCGGUGUGGUGGACGGUGCGCGACCCGCUGGAGCCGCUGAUGAGGAGCCCGGACCCGCUGGUGCAGCAGCCGCAGCUGCAGCCGCAGCAGCGGCAGGCCGAGGGCGGCUGCGUUGGCGGAGGCGCGGGCGGCACCAAGGGUGCCAUAUCCGGUAGUCCUAAAACUGGCACCGGCCCUGUACAAGGCCAGCCCCGAAUGGACCUCUGUGCGCGGCUGUAUGCAGCGUGCAGGUCCGUGUACGCCAUGGAGGCUGUCGGCCGCGACUGCGCGCCCGGCCCCCGGCGUGCGGUGGGCCUGCUGCGCGAGGUGCUGGACCCCGCCGUGGCCGCCCUGCAGGCCCACGUGCUGCCGGCGGCGGCGGGCGCAGCGGGGGGGCACCGGCUUGCGGAGGCUGCAGGCGGCAGCAGCUCGGACGCGGCGUUGGCUGCGUGGCUGCGUGAGCACGUCAAGGCCGCCUGGGAGCGCGGCGACGCAGCAUCAGCACCGGAAUCAGCCGAGGGCAGCAGCGCCGAGACUGAAGCCGGUACCAUGGCUGAGCUUGAGGAGGGUGCUGCUCCAGUAGCACCCCUGCAGCCACCGCCGCAGCAGCUGCACCCGCCGCUGCCCGCGCCGGCCUCCUCCGGCUCCGCCGCUUGCCCUGUGUACUGGCUUGGCCACCUGGGUGAGCUGCUGGCGGUGUCGUACGCGGGCGAGGACUGGGAGGCGGUGGCGGAGGAGCAGCUGCCCGCGGCCGAGAUGGCGGCGGCGGCGGCAGUGGGCCUGGCGGCUGGGGCCGGGGCAGGCCCAGACAGGCGCGCAGCACGGGCGUGGUCGGAGGACGACGAGGAGGAGAGCGAGUCCGUUGCAGGGGCCCAGCAGGCCGAGCAGGCCGCGGAGGGCUCAGGGGAGGCCUUCGUGGGCGGCGGCCGGGCGGACAGGGAGCACGUGGCAGCAGCGCUGCGGCGUGUGCCGCCACGGCCGCCGCGCGGGGCGCUGCCACUGCAAGCUGCCGGCCCCGCAGCGCCGCAGCCGCGGGCACUUCAGCCGAUUGCAGCACCAGCCGGGCCAGGACCAUCAACGCUCCCGCAGCCGAGGAAACAGCAACCGCAAGCACGGCCGACUGCAAGCAGCUCGUCUACGCGAGACCGGCGGCCGCAGCUUCAGCCGAGGCAGGGAACGGCGCAGCCGCAGCCGCAGCCCCAGCCGCAGCCCCAACCCCAGCCCCAGCCCCAGCCGCAGCCCCAGCCGCAGCCCCAGCCCCAGCUCCAAGGGCCAGGACAGGGGCCAGGACAGGAGCUGACGCGCAGCGAAAGUACCGUCGGGUCCGCCACCUUUGCGGCCAGGAAGGGUGACGCAGCAGCCAGGAGCGCGGCGGCUGGGGUAGCGGCCGGGGUUUCAGCUAUGGAGCGCUGGGCGGCCUUGCAGCGCACCCGGCGCGCCCAGCACCAGCAGCAGCUGCAGCAGCUGCAGCAGCCGCGGCACCUGGCCCGAGUGGCGAACGCCAGCCGCCCGGCGCAACUGUUGCCCACCCUGGCUGGCAGGCCGCUGGUGUACGUCCCCCCACCCCAACCUCAGCAGCCCCGCCCUGUGGGCAGCGCCGCCGCUGCCGCUGUCGCCGUUGGAAAUGGCGCUGCAGCUGCGGCGGCUCAGGACCAGCCGCAAGCACCGCCAGCCUCUGGCCGGACUCGAGGCAGCGGCAGUGCGGCGGCCCGGCUGGAGGACAGGUUCAACUCGGUGGCCCUGGCGGUGGAGGAAGAGGAGCAGGAGCAGGAGGAGGAGAAUGUUGAGGCUGCAACAGCAACGGUUGGUGUCACAGGCGCGGUGCCGGCGGCGCUGAAGCAAGAGCGGCGCGGCGCGCGGUGCGGCCAGGCGGUUUCGGGGCGUCCACGCCGCCGGCGACGCGCUGCCGUCAGCAGUGACAGCAGCAGCAGCAGUGAUAACGACAAUGGCAGAGAGCCCGGGCAGGGGCGGCAGGGCGGGCCGACUGCCGAUGGCGAGUGGGCGGGUGAUGACGAGGAGGAGGAGGUUGGGCCCACGCCGGGCUGCGAGUUGGUGGGCGGCCGGCAUCGCUCCUGCCUGGCCAGUCCGCGCGCCGCUCUGGCAGGUGCGGGCGCGGGUGCCGGUGACGGCGUUGUGGCGCUCUUCCAGCAUGAGGCCCUGGACGGCGGCGGCGGGACAGGCCGGCCCUACGUGCGCUACCAUGCCGGCGGCGAGGGGCCCUUCGGUGCCGUGGCCACGUUCCAGGUCCUGCAGCCCGCACUGCCCAAGACCCGGCUGCAGCCGGAAACCGGCGCUGCGGCGAUGGCGGUGCCUAUGACCGCCGCCGAUGCCCCUGCCGCCGCCAACGGUCACGGGCUAGGCAGCCUAGCGGCGGGUUCACACACAGCGGCUUCACGGGACGGCAGCUUGCCACGUGGAAGCCAGCAGGACCACGACCAACAGCAGCAGAAGCAGCAGCCCGGUGCUGCGCCAGCACCAGCGCAGUCUGCGCACACCAGCUCCAUGGCUGUGUCCGAGGGCGGGCGGCGCGGCGUGAAGCGGCGGGCGGUGGACAUCAAGUCGACCGCGCGGGCGGUGGAGGCGACGGAGGAGCAGGACGCAGCUCGCAAAACAGCACAGGGCCCAGGGCGCUCUGCACAGGGGUCAGCGGGCGCGGGGUGGGUGGGAGGUGCUGCGCGCGAAGCCCCACUGGGCGCAGAGGCGGACACCCGCGCCGCAGCAGGCGCUGCCGCCCAGGACGGUUCCCUGACAGCAGAGCGGGCGGGUGGUCGACUGCAGCACGCAGCCGGCCCCCACCUGGAACUGCCAGCAGCACAACCAGUGACCGUUGCUGGCAGUGCCGCCGUGGUGGCUCCUGGAGUGUCCACAGCCGACAACUGUGACCUUGCUGCUGGCGGUGCAGAUGGCGGUGGCGCCGACCAGGCCCCCGACCAGGCCCCCGACCAAGCCCAUGACCCGUCGCAGGCGGUUGCGCAGCAGCCACCGCAGGAGCCGCAGCAGGAGCACCCAGCGCUGUGGCGCGAGCAGCAGGCGGAGCGACAGGCAGGCGAGCACGUGGGCCGCGAGCGUGGCGGUGGCGGCCAAGGUGACACCGGAGCGUGCACGGAGGGUGGUUCACAUGGCCCUUCGCUUGGGGCGACUGGUGUGGAGUUCGGAGAAGAUCAGCGGACAGCAGAGGCGCAGGCGUGUUUGGCAGUUGCACGUGAGGCGGUUCGACUGCUUGGAGCGGCGUCAAACACGGCAGCCAGCGGCGUGCCCCAGCCGCUGCCCCAGCCAAAGUCGCAAGUGCAGUCGCAGCCACAGUCGCAACUGCAGCCCGCAUGGGAGUGGGAGCGAGAGCUUGAGCCGGAACUGCACUUGGACCCGGAGAUGCCGCCAGAAGAUGCCGGGCAGGAUCAGGGCCAGGGGCACGGGUUAGGCCAAUGCCAGGAGGAGGGGGCUGUGCUUGAGGUGGCUCAGGCGGAACAGGAGCAGGCACACAUGCCGCCACAGCAGCAGCAGCAGUCAGGACUUGCAGCUAAGACUUGCAACGGGGCCCUUGCGGCGUGGCCUCCUCUAGAUGCAGCAGAGGCGCAGCAGGGUCCCGCCCCGCCGUCGCUCCCCUCGUCUUCGGAGUCAGCGGCAGGGGCGCCCCAGCCAGGUGGUGACCGGGUGCAGCAGGGCGCGCCGGCCCCUGACGCCCAGGCGGCCACGUUACGAGGUGCACCUGCCAGUGGUAAUGCCAGUGCGGCUGCCUGCGUUCACGCUGAAGGCGUGGUAGCAGACAUGUCAUUGGGCCCGGCGCCGCCACAGACCUCCUCGCGCCACCCGGCAGCGACGGACCCGGGUGAGCAGCUGACAGCAGCAGCGGUUAUGACGGCAUCUGGAGCUGCCGCGGGCGGGGUGGGGCAGGUGCGCCCAGCUGCUGGCUCCCACGGAGCUGGCGCGGCGGCGGCGCGGCAGAGGCCCCAUAGCCUGUCGCCGCCGCCGCCGGAGCAGCAGCAGCAGCCGCAACAGCAGGCAGCGCAGGACGCGGACACGGCGUCGGUCCGCCCCGUGCAGCCUGGGUGCCCAGCAGCUCGAGAGGGACACGAGGUCCUGGCGGAUGAUGGCAAUGGUGCCGGCGGCGCCGCUGUUAGUGGCCUUGUGCGGGGCGUGGAGCGCACUGACUGGGGCUGGUCGGUGCUGACCGGCCACGGCCUGCAAGAGCAGGAGGAGCCGCAGCAGGGCGCUGAGGAGCAGCGGCACCACCUCGCUCAGGCGCACGUGGGGGCGGAUGCCAGUGGGAGCCCCAACGAGCAACCCCAAGGGCAGCAGCAGGGCCAAGAACAGUUCCAACAACAUAGCCAGCAGGAUCGCAAGCGGAGGCGGUCGCGCUGGGAGCCGCAGCAGCCGUCUCAGGGGCCGCUAGAGCAGCACCACCAGUGCCAGCAGCCAUUGCGUCUCCCAACCGCGCGCGCGCACAGCGACAGCAAAGGCGCCGCGCCUGCGGUCACACCCUACCUGACAGCCGCUGCCACACGCCUGCACGCGCCAACUCCUGCAUCCGCCCCAGCGGCCCUGCAUGCGCCUAACCUUGCGGCCGCCCAAGCGGCCUGUACGACCGGCAGCGGCAGCGGGGCGAUACAGGCAGUGGCGGCGCAGGCGCUGGCGCAACUGAGCUCGCGCGCCAUGGCGGUUGCGCUCGGCAGCAGCGCGGCGCCAGGGAACACGGCGCAGCCCGGCAACACAGCGGUCAGUCCCUCGCUGCAAGUGUCUGUGGUCACGGGCAUGCGGGGACUUGAAGCUGGGGCUGGGUCGCCUGGCAGCGUUGGGGUGCCAUACCGCCGGCCGGGUCAGCGGGGCGGCGUGCGCCAUAAGAGGUACCAGUAGAAAGACCACGGCCUAUGGCUGCCCAUGACGGCCCAUGUCCGUCCGACUGCAGAGUUGCAAGUUGCAGACUGCUUCCAUGCGUAUGUGUGUGUGUGUGUGUGUGUGUGUGUGUGUGUGUGUGUGUGUGUGUGUGUGUGUGUGUGUGUGUGUGUGUGUGUGUGUGUGUGACUGAGUGGGUUGAUCCAGUGCCUGUUGCGCUUGUAGAUUACUGCGUCACGCUGGAGGGACUUGACGGACACGGCAGUAAGGUGUAACGGCAGCGCGUGCAGCUGCAUGCCGGUGUGGACGCUGUGACAGCCAAAAACCUGUCUGUGUUUGCGCGCUGCAGCACGUGCGGUGUCGCCUUGGAUGUCGCCUGGAGUGCGCAGUGUGUAGAUGUGGCCAUCAGUACGGUAUGACGGCACAUGGGAUAGUGCCCGGCCCAGGCGACAAUGAAACAUGGAAUUACCGGUACCGGCCGGUACGUCGCCCCCGCGCAAACGAUUACGCGGAAAGCUCGCGGCCUGUUACGGCCCAUGACGGACCGUGACCUGUAUGCUGCGGCAGAUCUGCACCAUCCAUUCAUCGCUUAUUCCAUGAGCUAUCGCUGAGCUAGUCUGGAAUUUUUAGGUGGCCGUUGGCGGGUGACGACUGAUGAGGUUUGGUGUAGGCGUUUGUGCGCAGCCGGAUGAAGGAGGCGGAGGGGCCGGAGGCAACCCUGUUGACAUGUCGUGCGGUGAUGUCCGUCGUCAAGGGGAGGCUGCUUCGGCUGCCGAUAGCCCCCAUACACCCCGCCACCGCCCCCACGUGAUGGCCACAAACACGUAGGGCAAAGGCGGCCCGUCACUGGCUGGUGGCCGCUCCGUGCGGGUGGGGCCGUGUGGGGCGCGGCGCCUCGACGAUGGGGAGGGGGGCGAGGGGCCCCGGUAACCUCAGGAGAACAUGAAAAGGCCGC